GAACCUCCAGCUGCCUCAUCCCAUGGCCAGGGCUGGCGUCCAGGUGGCAGAGCAGCUAGGAACUCAAGGCCGGAACCUGGGGCCAGACCCCCUGCUCUCCCCGCCAUGGUCAAUGACCCACCAGUACCUGCUUUACUGUGGGCCCAGGAAGUGGGUCACGUCUUGGCAGGCCGUGCCCGCAGGCUGCUCCUGCAGUUUGGGGUACUCUUCUGCACCAUCCUCCUCCUGCUUUGGGUGUCUGUCUUCCUCUAUGGCUCUUUCUAUUAUUCCUACAUGCCAACAGUCAGCCACCUCAGCCCUGUGCAUUUCUACUACAGGACCGACUGUGAUUCCUCCACCACCUCACUCUGCUCCUUCCCUGUUGCCAAUGUCUCACUGGCUAAGAGUGGACGUGAUCGGGUGCUGAUGUAUGGACAGCCAUAUCGUGUCACCUUGGAGCUUGAGCUGCCAGAAUCCCCUGUUAAUCAAGAUUUGGGCAUGUUCUUAGUCACUGUUUCAUGCUAUACCAGAGGUGGCCGAAUCAUCUCUACUUCUUCACGCUCGGUGAUGUUGCAUUACCGCUCCGACCUGCUACAGAUGCUUGACACACUGGUCUUCUCCAGCCUUCUGCUCUUUGGCUUUGCUGAGCAGAAGCAGCUCCUGGAGGUGGAGCUCUAUGCAGACUAUAGAGAGAACUCGUAUGUGCCCACAACUGGAGCAAUUAUUGAGAUCCACAGCAAGCGCAUCCAGAUGUAUGGAGCCUACCUCCGCAUCCAUGCCCACUUCACUGGGCUCAGGUACCUGCUGUACAACUUCCCCAUGACCUGCGCCUUCAUCGGUGUUGCGAGCAACUUUACCUUCCUCAGCGUCAUUGUGCUCUUCAGCUACAUGCAGUGGGUGUGGGGGGGCAUCUGGCCCCGACACCGCUUCUCUUUGCAGGUUAACAUCCGACAAAGAGAUAGCUCACGAAAGGAAGGCCAACGAAGGAUCUCUACCCAUCAGCCAGGCACAGGGCCUGAAAGUCAGGAGGAAUCUACCCAGCAGUCAGAUGUGACAGAGGAUGGUGAGAGCCCUGAAGAUCCUUCAGGGACAGAAGGUCAGCUGUCUGAGGAGGAGAAACCAGAUCAGCAACCCCUGAGUAGAGAAGAGGAGCUAGAACCGGAGGCCAGUGAUGGUUCUGGAUCCUGGGAAGAUGCAGCUCUGCUAACGGAGGCCAACCUGCCUGCUUCUGCUUCUGCCUCUGCCCUUACCCCGGAGACUUUGGGCAGCUCUGAGCCCUCUGUGGGCAGUCUCCGGCAGCGCCCCACCUGCUCCAGUUCCUAAAGAAAAGAGGGCAUUUCCUCACAUUCCAGCACUUUCCCACCAGACCCUUUCCCCUUGUUUUUCCCUCAAUAAACUAUUUUGUGCCAGCU